AUGAUAGAUCGAACCGUGACUCGAGUGAUAGGCGUUGUACAUCGCAAAAUGGCUUGCGUGUCCGAGAUCGACAUGAUUCUCGCAAUACUGAAGUGCAUCGGGCGCAUACUCGGAUUAGGCGCGAAUUACGUAGUAAGGAUCGCUCUCGUGGUACUCACCGAAUCGGAUCGCGGUCACAACCCGGUACUGUGUCUCCUGGCGAGGAGCGUCCUGUCAAUAAUACCGAUACCUUGCCGCCAGUCGUCGCUUCUAUUUCCGAUAAUAUCGCGCCGCGGCAGCAGUCCUUAG